AUCGGUGCACGUACGUACGAGGAGUCGCGCUCACUAAGUUAGUACGUACCACUCGUCGUUAGUCGAUCCGUACCCUUUGAAGAGAUUGCAUUCGCGACUCGUUGCUGCUGGGCCACCUUUUACGUGGAUUUUUGUUGUUGUUGUACAUCCAAGAUGUUCGCAAUUCGCGUGUUUGGAGAUUUCCUGCACGUACUGUCUUUUGCGGUGCUGCUUGCGAAGCUAUGGCGCACCAAGUCGUGUGCCGGGAUUUCCGGGAAAUCCCAAAUUUUGUACGCGAUCGUAUUUACCAUGCGUUAUCUGGACCUGCCGGUAAACAUCAGCGCUGACGCGUUCUACUUGUCCUCGAUGAAGGUGGUUUACAUCGCGAUCAGCUUCAUGAUCGUGUACAUGAUCUACGGGCCGUACAAGAAGACCUACGAUCGCGACCAGGACGUGCUGUACAACGAGUUUCUUGUCGUCCCGUGCUUCGUCCUGGCCCUGUACUCCUCGUACGACGCAACCCCGAUCGAGGUCCUGUGGACCUUUUCGAUCUUCCUGGAGGCGAUCGCGAUCAUCCCGCAGCUGGACCUGCUCUGCAAGAUCGAGCUCGUCGAUGGUUACGUCGUGUGCUACCUGCUGGCGCUCGGGCUCUACCGUGCCAUGUACCUGCUCAAGUGGACCUGGCUUUAUUACACCACCAGCUUUUACGAACCGAACGCGCUCUUUGCCAGCUUCGUGCAGAUCACCCUCUUUGCGCUCGUCUUUGUGCGCGUGUUCACGAUGAAGCAGCGCGAACAAAAGUCCAUCUACCGUGUGGUGGUUUAGGGCCGGCAGGAUGACUAAUUACAUCUGAUAUAGAAACACGAAACGAACAAACAUCCGGAGGCUUCCGACCGGCUUCCGAAAGUGAUACGAAUCUCUCGAGGAAUGUGAGCACAAUUAGUGAGGGUGUGUUGGGAAGAAUUGCAUUAUAGUGAACUUGAUCUGACUAAAUUAAUUAUUAGAAGAAAAUAUAUAAAGUGUUGCAAAGCGUGA